UUGCUUGAGUGUAGGACUGUUUUAUUAACUUGAUUGCUGAACGCUGAUCCUUGUAAUUAAAAAAAAAAUAUAUUACAAACAAAAUAUAUUAUUUUAAAUAAACAUAAGACAUAUGAGUCCAUUUUUUUAAUCUACGCGAUAUGGCUUCAUCCUGGGAUAAAAAAAGUAUUGAUGUUCUACUGAACUACCUGAAAGAUAAUGAACACAUUUAUAACCGUCUUCAUCCGAUGUAUAAAACUUAUAAUGUUAUUACAGAAUGCUCUCAUUUAGCUAAAAUGUUCGAUCCACCAAAAAAUUGUAAAGAAGUGCUGGACAAAAUAACUUCAAUUAAAAAUUUUUUAGCAAAAAAUAAAAAUUUGCUAGAAGAAGGAAAUAUGAUUAUUGAAGAUCCUCAAUUUUUUAACAAAUGCUCUUUUAUGUUUUCGGCUUUAUUUGGAUAUUCCAUUGGAACGAGUUUAAAAAGAAAAUCAGGAAACAGCGAUAACUUAAAAGAAAAAAAUAAGAAACCGAAAAUGGAAGAUGUCUGCACGACCAAAAAACAACAGCAAAAAGGUUUAAAAGGCUCCGAUAAGGUUACCAAUACUUUAUCGAGGAACCUACGUUCAAAUAAUAUCACCGAGACUAAACGAGAUGAUCAAAAAAUUGUUGAUGAAUUGGAAAGAAAGGAGUUUAUAGAUGUUAUUAAUUUUAUACGAUAUAGACCAUAUUUAUGGGACAAAAAACACCCCGCUUUUUCUGAAAAUAUCAAUGACAAAGUUCUGGAAAACUUUGGAAACAGUUUAAAUCCUCCAUUAACUGCUACUUUGAUAAAACGAAGAAUUCUUGCUUUGAAGAAACGAUAUCUUGAAGAAAGUAAAUCCAAACGUGCAAAGUGGCACCUAUUUAAAGAAUGUGGAUUUUUCUCUAAAGAUGAAAGCAGUUAUAAUGAUCCACCGCGAAAUGGCGACGAGAUGGAUCGCAACAAUGAUGAUUUUUAUAGGCUUAUAUUAUUUAUCAAAAAUAGACCAUACUUUUACGAUUCAAAACUUCCAAAAUAUAAUUCAAAAAUUAAAGACAAAAUUUUAAAUGAGUUUGGAGAAACGUUUGAUCCUCCUGUGUCUAUUUCUUACCUAAAAAAUCGUAUUGGCUUAGCAAAAGCAGAACUUUUUAAAUUUUUCGAUGGUGAAAGCUUAACAAUUUCGGAAAGGUUUGAAGAAUGUGAAACUUCCUUCAAAGAGGAUGAUGAAAAUAGUUUAAAAUCAGACACUUUUGAUGAAACACAUCCAAAUCUUGAAAGCGGACCAGAGCAACUUGAAAAUGAAAUAUAUUUAGAAAACAGUGAGGAAAAUAUUUUUCCUCAGACAGGUUAUGAAACCAAUGAUUCUGAAGAAAGUAUUAUUACUGUUUCCGAUUCAAAAAAUGUUAGUUCAAGUGAAGAUGAUAGUGACGACGAUAAUGAAAGCACAGAGAGUUACGAUGAUACAAAUUACAUGGAAAAGCAUCAACUUUUACGUAUAAUAGAAUUUAUACGCUUUAGAACAUUUCUGUGGGAUAGUGAACAUCCUGCUUAUCAAAAUGUAAACUUUAAUAAGAAAAUUUUAAAAGCUUUUGGUGAAACUCUUAUCCCUCCAAUGUCAGUUGAUUCCAUCCAAUAUCGAAUCUAUUACUUGGAGAAAAUGUUUUUCAAAACUUUAGAAGACAAGAAUUUUGAUUGGCAUUUGAAAGACGAAUGUAAUUUUUUUUUGAAAAAAGAAAGUAACACAAGUAAAACAGAAUCACUACAAAUUGAAGAGAAAAUGGAUGAAAACGAUAUACACAAAAUCCUUCAGUACAUUAAAAAUAAACCGUAUUUGUAUUAUGAAAAUCAUCCACUUUACAAUGAUUCCUUGCUUAAGAAUAAGACAUUAAAAUCAUUGGGUGAAUCAUUAAAUACUCCUACAUCUGAAAUUGAUCUCACAAAUCAAAUAAACUAUUUGAAACAGAAAUUUCUAAAGACAUUAGAGCAAAACAACAUUCCUAAAUGGAAAUGGUUUAAACAAUGCAAAUUUUUUAUUAAAGAUAAUGCAGAUCUAAAUAAGAAAUUUUUAAAGAGUGACAAAAAAGGCACUCAGAUUAUUAACACCGCAACUCAAAACAAAUCGGCAGCCGUUUGUACACCCCAAAUGGACACCGGAGAUAUACAACAGCCGGAACUAAUUUCAAAAGAAGAUUCACAAAACCUAUUAACAACACAACAGAAACAAAAUAAAUCGGAUUCAAAAAAUUCAUCAAAAUUUUCUGAAAAUGUAACAAACAGUGAUGUUUGUAAGAAUGAAAAUUUCGAAUUGAACAAUGACACUAAUAUGCACAAAUUCCUUCAAUUUCUUAGAGAAAAUCCUUAUUUUUAUGAUUCAAAGCAAGAAAAAUAUACACAUUACACUCAAGGGAAGAAAAUAUUAAAAGAUUUUGCGAAAUCUUUGGACCCUCCAUUAUCUGACGCUGUUUUAAAAAGCAAAAUAAUUUAUCUUAAAUUAAAAUUUUUAAAGUCUAUAAAAGAAAAUAAUAAUCCCAACUGGAAGUGGUUUAAAGAAUGUGAAUUUUUUAUUAGAAAUGAUGAAAAAUUAAAGAAAAAAUUUGAAUCUAUUGUAAAGGCGGAGAACAUGAAUCAUAAUAAUAAAUCUCAAAAUGACUUGAGCAACGAGGUUAUUGUGGAAAAUGUAGGUAUUAAUAGAGACAUCGGUAUUCAAUGCAAUUUGUAUGAGGAACUGCUGGAAGAAAAUCUUAAAAGCAUCAAAUUAAAAGAAUGUGAAUGUUUAAAAGAAAUCUUAGAUAUUAUAAAAUCUUUUAAUCCAAUCGACAAAAAUUUUUCAUUAGAACCUGUUACAAACAGUGAUUAUUCUAAUAAUAUUGAAGAUGAUACUUCAAAUUUGAAGGAUGAAGAAUUUUUAAAUAUUGAUCUUGAAAAUGUAUUUAAAGGUUUAAAAGAUUCCGCUGAUGAUUCUAGUGAUUAUGGCUUAGAAGAGAUUCCAUUUCCAAAAAUUGUACAUUCCAGAAAAAGAACAAAAAAGGAUAAUUACAAAUGUGAUGAGUGCCCCAUAAUAUGUACAUCAAAACAUUAUCUUGCAAGACAUAAGGAGGCAUUUCAUUUUCAACACAGUCUUUUAUGUUCAAAAUGUGGGAAAACUUUUCCAACACAUCGUAGAGCACAAGCUCAUGAGAAACGGUGUCGAGUUUCUCGAGAUGAAAAUCUAUUUUGUUAUCUAUGCAAGCAACUAUUUUUAUCAAAAAUUGUAUACGAAGAUCAUUUUAAUGUAAUUCAUGAUAAAAAAACUCCAUAUGCUUGUGGUUGUGGUCGAACGUUUAGCAGGUACUCCAAACUUGUACAUCAUUUAAAUAUAUUUCAUUGUAAUAUCGAUCUAUGUACAAUACCACAUUAUGUAUCUAAAGAGUAUCUGAAAUCGUUUAUACAAGGAAAUGAUGUAAAACCAAUUGAUUAUCAAAAUUGGUGUAGAAUAUGUAAAACAAAUUCAUGUAAUAGAAAAUCAUAUGUAUCUCAUUUUAGAAAAGAUUUUCAUAUGAAAGCUGAAAAAAAAUGGCUUGAGGAAUUUGGUAUUAAAACAUUUCAAUGCGAGAUAUGCGAACAUAAUAAGAGUUUAUUCAAUGAUAUUGCAAGUUUAGUAGAACAUUGUUUACAAAUACAUCGUAAACAUAUUCAUAAUGAUUUUUUUGAAAAACUUGAAAAUAUUUCUUCUAAUAAAGAAAUUUUAAUAGUUCCACCGACUGAUCUCCAUAAUAUUUAUUCUACUUGCCAUAUAUGCAGUAGAAAAUUUUUUAUGGGUUAUUUUGAAGAUCAUUUUAAUGAAGAACGUCAUAUACAAUUGGGGCAGAAAUGGUUACAAAAGUACAAUAUUGAGGAGAUACAUUGUAACUCCUGUUUUAAUAGUUUUGGAAAUUUACUUGACUAUUUGUUACAUAAUUAUUCCAAACACAAUGAAGUACCAACUAAUAGUAUACUAAAAAAUAUUGUGGGUGAACAAUCACUUGAAAAUCCAGGAGAAAAAUUGGGUAAAAUGACUUAUAAAUGCUUAAUAUGUGAUAGCAAACCACUUCGAAAAGGUACUUAUAUUAUCCAUAUGUUACGUCAUUAUCCAGAAAAAUAUAUUCAAUGUUCUUGUGGAGAAAAAUUUCAUGCAGUCCCAGAUUUAAAAGUUCAUCAAAAAUUAUCGGGAUGUGUUGAAAGAGGUAGUAAAAUACCAAAAUUCAAAGUAAAAAUUUAAAUACCUACUUUGUUUUGCAUGUCUUGAUACAUUAAUUAUUAUUUUAAGUUACACGAGUUGUUAUAAAAUAAAUUUAACAAUGUAACUUUAUGAUUUCGUAAUUUUCUAGAUCUUGUUUAAGGUAUAAAAGAAGAUAUAAAUUAGUAAUACAAUUUCAAUUUUCCGAAUUUGUACUAAAUGUAAGUUCUACUGCACAUGUAUAUUGUUAGAAG